AUGAAGGACGCAAGAACGAGGAUAAAGACGGAAACGCAGCAAGAGUGGCAGGACCGAUGGACAUCGGGAGAGACGAGCAGAUGGACGGCGCGCCUGAUCCCAAACAUCAACGUCUGGCUUUCUCGGAAGCAUGAUGGGUUUGCACAGCACACCAACGUGCAAAUACUGCCCAGACAAAAUUGA